AUGGAAGUUCAUAAAAAAUUAUCAUUGCUCAAUAAGAUGGAUGCAGCGUGUGAUCUUCAGCUAGGCACUUAUGAAGAAAGAGUAGACUUAUUGGACCACUUGGAGAGACAUUACCAGCCGCACGUAUACGAAAGCAACAACUUGCUCCGCAAGCUUCUAAUACCUGUCAUGAUAGCAGAGUACCACCGCCCAAAGUUGGAUCAAUGGACCGAAACGCAAAAUCUGUUAAAGCACAGAAGAAUUCUCGGAUACGUCUCAGCCGCUCUAUCGUCCUUUUUAGUCGCCGGAAUAUUCUGGGUAAACAGAAUGAAUUGA